CAUCCAUCGUUUGUUUCUCGAGUUACGUGAGAGAUAAGUGAAUAUUGUACGAGAUGCUGCGAUUUGUGACAGUUUUAGCCGCUGCGGCGGCGCUAACAUCAGGGGCACCGAACCCCACCAAUAUCUUCGAGAUCGACAUCACCCCGGAGGAGGCUCAGAAGUACCUCAACAGCCCUCCCUUCACAGAGCCCCAGCUGGCCGGGAGGACUGCUGUCUUGCCACUGGUGAGAUAUAACGACCCCAGAUUUCGCGCCGCCGAAGCUGGCCCCACUCUCGGACACUACUGGAAGAAUGGACGCGAAAUCGAAAACACUGACGACUACAUUGAAGAGGUGUACGACGCCUCCCAGUACCACGGGCAGGACGGGCUCGGCGCCUACACCUACGGCUACAAGACCCCCGAGUCUGCCAAGGUGGAGAACCGCGUAAGGGCUGGUGACGUCACCGGCUCCUACGUCUACAAGUCUCCAGGACACGAGGAUAUUAAGGUCCGCUACUGGGCCGACAGCCAAGGUUUCCACCAAGAAGACAACCUCCCCAAGCUGGUGCCGCAGCCGGUGCAAGAGACAGCUGCCGUGAGGGCCGCUCGCAUCGCCCAUGAGAAAGCCUGGAAGGAGGCUGCUGACGCCAACCUGCACCCUAACGCUCAUCCUCAGUCAUACGGCAACAACUACGACUACCAGCCCCAAGCCUCAGAGGUCCAGCAGACGGUGUACCAGCCUGAUUCCCAGCGUGAGGGCAAGGCCUACAACCAGCAGUAUCAGGCCAGCCAGCAGUUCGGACAGCAGCAGAAUCAGUACCAACAACAGAACCAACAGUACCAGCAACAGAACCAGCAGUACACCACUACCACUGAACCUGAACCUACUGGUCCCCCACGUGGUUUCUUCUACAGCUACAACUACCCUGUAUCCAUUAUCGUCCCCAAGAACGAGGCGGAGGGCGGCGCCAGCGCUGGACACCCAGUGGAUCACGACACCGUCUCCCACGGCGGAUUUUAAGAAGUAGACAGGAGUUUGCACCUAGUGUUUCUAUUUGAGUUGUGAACAAUCCAUUCAUUUUUGGUUUGGGUUAAUCCCAUAAGCUUCAACCACACCAACGCGUGCAGAUAGCCAUCGCCAAAGGCCAAGGACAGUCGCGCGAGCCAUGACAGUUCACGCGACCUGUCAUUUCCCUAUGAUUGCGACGUGAUCGGCUAUGGCACGGUAAUACUAUCUAUACAGUAUUCCAACUCGGACAUAUUUUUGAAAUAAAUGUCAACAACCGCGCGGUAUGUCACCGUAUGACAACAUGCGAUAGGGCUGCCCACUUGCAGACCCUAUUUUCAUUACAUCUGCCUACUUAGAAUUUCUAUCUAGUUUUGUGGAUGUAUUUUGCGAUUGUAAUUUUUUAUUUUAUUUUGACAAACAAAAUACUUUGUGAAUGUAAUAGGAUAAUGCAUGUUGUUUUGUGAUUAGUAGAUUUAAUUAAAAAAAUAUAUUUGUGUUAAGAUUUAGUAACAAAUCUUAUGAAUUUGCGACCGAAAAUGUAUGCGCCUCGACUAAAGGCGUACAAAAUGCUUGAUUAUUAUACAGAAUGUUAGGUAAAUGCGUUUACAAGUGGACACUAGCCCAUUUUAACAUGUGCAUAUAAAUGGUAUGGUGAAGUCAGAAAAUUGAUAUCAUCAUACACCCUGUAUAAAUAGGUACUUGUAAAUAUUUUUAUAAAAAAAAA